CAUUUAAAUGGGUAAUAUUUGUUGCUCACAAGAACUUCUCAGUAAUACUCUAUAUAUGAUUUAAGAUAAUACUACAGAAAUUGAGAUCAAACCCAUAGAUCUCAAUCAAAAUUAUAAAUAGUUAACCACAUAAGACACAAGUAAACAUUGUUCUUAUUUUUAGAAAAGUCAACCUAUCUGAAACUUAGUCCAGAUCUCUUUAUUCAUAUGAAAAGAGAAGACCUUUUCAGUCAAUACUCUAUAGGUAAAGCUCUCGGAGAAGGUACUAAUAAAAUUAAAUGUUUGUAGGUGCUUAUGGCUAAGUCUCAUUGGUAACCAAUAAAAAAACUGGUAAUUAUUUUUUCUCUAUUGUUAUAGGAAUUGUUAGAGCAAUGAAAGCAAUCAAAAAAGAUUGUUUAUUCGAAGAAGAAGAAUCAAAAUUAUUUUAAGAGAUGCACAUCUUAAAGGAUCUUGAUCAUCCAAAUAUUGUUAAGCUUUAAGAAUUAUUCUAAGAUGAAAAGUGCUAUUAUUUGAUUACUGAGUAUUUAACUCCCUCAUUUUUAGAUUUCUUAAUGGUGGCGAAUUGUUUGAUAGAAUAUAAAAAGCAAAAACCUUUUGCGAAAGAGAUGCAGCCAAUAUUAUGAAGCAAAUAUUAUCAGCUGUAGCUUAUUGUCAUUCCAAAUAAAUUGUACAUAGAGAUCUCAAACCUGAAAAUAUAAUCUUUACUUCUACAGAUGAAGAUGCAUAACUUAAAAUAAUUGACUUCGGCACUUCUAGGAGAUUUGACAAUCACAAAAAUAUGACCAAAAGACUCGGGACUGUAAAUUAUUAAUCAAAUCAUAGCCAUAUUAUAUUGCUCCUGAAGUACUUAUGAAAAAAUACAAUGAAAAAUGUGAUGUCUGGUCAUGUGGUGUAAUUCUAUACAUUCUUUUGGCAGGUUAUCCUCCAUUUUAUGGUAAAAAGGAUGUUGAUAUUUACCAAAAGAUAGUGAAAGCUAAUGUGCCAUUUUAUUGUAUGUCAAAAUUAAAUUAAUGUUUUAGCUGAAGAAUGGACUAAGAUUAGUGAUUAAGCAAAAUAAUUAAUUUUAAAAAUGCUUUGUAAAGAUGUAGGCUAAAGAAUUAGUGCAUAAGAAGCAUUGGCUGAUCCUUGGAUGUUAGAACAUAACCAAACUAAUUUAGUUGAUCAGUAGUUUUUAAAAAAUCUAUCAGAAUUCAGUGCUAAAAGUAAAUUAAAAUAAGCUCUACUUACAUUCAUGGCAUGUUAAAUGAUUUAGCAGCAUGAAGUGGAGGAGUUACAAAAAUUAUUUAAAGAAUUAGAUACUAAUAGUGAUGGGACAUUAUCAAAAGAUGAACUUAAAAAAGCAUUUUAAGAUAAGCUUAUAAAUAAAGAUUACUUAGUUGAAUCAAUAGAAGAUAAAAUCGAAAAUCUAAUUUAGUAGAUUGACAUAAAUCAAUCUGGUAAAAUAGAUUACACAGAAUUUAUAAUCGCAUGUUUAUAGCAAUAAUAAUUAAUAACACAAGAUAAAAUCAAAUAAUCAUUUAAAAUAUUAGAUAUUGUAUUAUUUUAUAAUUAUUUCAUAGGAUGGGGAUAAUUUUAUAUCAAAAGGAGAAUUUUAAAGAGCAAUGGAAGGAGUAGAUGAUGUUAUAUGGAGUGAAUUUUUAGAAGAAUGCGAUGAAGAUAAAGACGGUAAAAUUUCGGAAGCAGAAUUUAUUUAAAUAAUUCUUAAAAAAAUAUGA